AUGGUGGCUCUCGGAGAUCUGACGGCGCCCAAGCCGAUAAGAAUGGAGACGAGCUCUCUAGAUUCGUUUCUCGAGAUGUUGCUUCAGGCGUUGAAGCAGCAGGAGGCAGACAUGGCAGACAUGCGGACAACCAACAAGAAGCUUGCAGCUGAGGUCGACGAGCUCAAAUCCCAAGUGAAAGCUUCAGGAGGAGGAGAAAUGUUGAAGGAGCUCAAAGGCCUUAGCAGCCGCUUCAAGGACCUGGAGGCUCGGCUGGUGAUUGUGGAGCAGGGGAUGGAGAACAAGGCGGACGCUUCUCAGCUGCAGGAAGUGAAGGAGGCGGCGGAGCGUGCAGAGCGAUCGCUGAUGGAACUCUCCACUGAGUUCACGGGGUUCAAGAGCGAUCUGAUGAAGACCAUCAAGGGAUUGGAGGGACGAGUUUCUGCCUUACAGUCUCAGGUGGCCGAACAGAUCAAUCAUCUCGCAGACUCCAAGGCGAACAAGGCGGAGGUGACGGAGAUGGGGAGGAGGACGGAGAGUCUGGGGAAGGUGUGCGACAGCAACACGGAGGCAGUGGAGGAGAUGAAGAGGAGGAUGGAUGAGUUCCUGCAAGGCAUCGACUCGAAGAUCGAGAUGAAGGCGGACAGAGACAGUCUCAACAACAAGAUCACCCGCGUGGAAGUGGACGACCUUCUCUCCUCCCUCUCCUCCCUCUUCUCCGAGAAGCAGCGCAAGAACAGCAAGGAUCUGCAGGACGUGCGCGACGACCUCGACGUUCUCCUCACCAUGGUCAUGCAAGACGCCAACGUGGCUGCUGGCAUGCUCAAGUGCCUGUCCUGCGAGAAACCGGUCCUCCUUCACCGCCCGGGGCCUCCGCCGGGGAGCGGGAGGGAGCCAGUCAUCACUCAGGGGACGGACGGCAUGAUGUACCGAGCGGCCAAGGAGGCGGAGUACAGCCCGCAGUGGACCUCGAGUGGGUUGGGGAGACGAUCUGAGAGCCCAGUGAAGACGAGGAUGGACAGCCCGCAGAAACCGUCGGGGAGGAUAAGACCAGCGUCAGCCAAAGUCCGAUCCUCCGUCUCUUAA